AUGCCAGAAAUUGAGUCAAGCAGCAAUCAGGGCGCGGUUGGGAAAAGGAUCAUUCAAUCAGGAGGAAACAGUGAAGUGAUCCUUCCUGCAACGGUGCCUGAGGUACAGGCUGAAAUCAACGGUCCUGAUGAGUGGAUAAUCUCGGUAAUGAAAGACGGUGACCGUAAGAGCGAAGCCAUUCGAUUCGAACAGAGAAAGUUACAGAAGGUUAUACAAGAACUAAGAAAUAAAAAGGAGCUUGAAGGAUGUUUUGAUUUAAGAGUUGUUUCGAUUGGCCCCUAUCACCGUGGAAAGCCUGAGCUCGUAGAUGCGGAAGAGUUGAACACUAUGUUCGCAUUCUACUUCAUUAAAGAAAGUGGCCUUGAUUCCGAAGUGUUCUAUAACAAAUUCUUAGAGUUGGUUGGGGAAGCUAAGGGCUACUACCUUGAUGGCUCAACAGAUGACUAUGAUGAUGAUGAUUAUGGGAAAGACCAAAAUGAUCCUAAUAUGGUCGUUCGUCACUCCUUCGGUUCAGCAACAGAACUUAAAGCAAAAGGAAUACAUUUCAAGUCUAGCGGUACAUUUUGUCUAACAGACAUCAGCUUCACUUCGUCCUUUGGCUAUGGACAGUUGACACUUCCUCCUAUGGUACGUAAGGCGCACUCCAAGUUCCUCUUCUUGAACAUGAUUGCAUAUGAAAUGGCUCCUAACACAGAUACUGACCUUGAGGUUAACAGUUACAUUUAUUUCCUGAAUUUACUCAAUAGUGGAGCCGACGACGUUAUUGAGCUGCGAUCUCAUAACAUAAUUUCUAACUCCCGUGAUUCCAAUGAGGGAGUUGCAAAAUUCUUCAACACUAUGACUUCUGCUGUCUCACAAGCCAAUUUUUUUAUCCUUGAUGACGUUUGUAAUCGAAUUGAAGAGCACUUCACUAGCAAGGCAAAAACUUGGAUGGCUCAACUCCUGCAUGAUCAUUUCAGUUCUCCGUGGACUACUGUGGCUUUUUUAGCCGCAAUGUUUCUUUUUAUCUUAACCUUCACCCAAACCUACUUCCAAGUUUUUCCUCGCUCUACAAACCAAAAGUAA